UUAUAGUAAAAUUCAAGUUCCAACUCAAAUUCUCAUUUACAACUUCUCCAUAUUUUUUCAAGCCACCAUGAAAUCAAUCCACCUCCCCCUCGUCACACAUCUCCACCAUCACAACCUUGACCUAACUAAAAAUAGGGUUCCCAUGGUCUAUGCCUACCAAGAUGUUGUUAAAACCUCAAAGAAAUCAAAUAGGCUUGGUGAAAAAUUGUCAAACCUUUUAAACAUUCAAAAGAAUGAUCCUCCUCCUAGUACUCAUUCUACUUUGAACAAUAUUCAUGAAGACAAGGCCAACACACCUACCAUGUCACCUAAGGAGGACAUAUCCGAUCGAUGGCGCGACAUUCAUGGUGUUCAUGAAUGGGAAGGACUUCUUGAUCCACUCCACCCUUUGCUUCGUCGAGAAAUUGUAAAAUAUGGUGAAUUUGCUCAAGCAACUUAUGAUGCAUUAGAUAUUGACUCAUUCUCUGAGUAUUGUGGAAGUUGCAUGUACAAUAGUCAUAAAUUGUUUGAUAAGUCAGGACUUAACAAGAGUGGCUACAAAGUUACAAAGUACAUCUAUGCUAUGUCACAAAUAGAUAUGCCCCAAUGGCUUGAAAGAUCAAAAUUGACAUACACAUGGAGCAAAGAUUCAAAUUGGAUUGGUUUUGUGGCAGUUAGUGAUGAUGAAGAAUCGCGCCGAAUUGGGAGGAGAGAUAUUGUUGUGGCAUGGAGAGGCACAGUGACACCUUCAGAAUGGUAUGAAAAUAUGCAGAGGAAAUUAGAGUCAAUUGGACAUAUGGACUCAAAAGUAGAACAUGGUUUUCUUAGUAUUUACACAUCUAAGUGUGAUUCAACUAGAUACAACAUAUCAAGUGCCUCAGAACAAGUCAUGAAAGAAUUGAAAACAUUGGUAGAUUUUUACAAAACAGAAAGUGCUGAACAAGUUAGCCUCACAAUAACAGGACAUAGCCUAGGGGGUGCACUUGCUCUACUAAAUGCUUAUGAAUCAGCAGCAAAUUUUCCAAAACUUCCAAUUAGUGUUAUUUCUUUUGCAGCCCCAAGAGUUGGAAAUAUUGCAUUUCGCGAUGAGCUUUAUCAAAUGGGAGUCAAAAUUUUACGUGUUACAGUGAAACAGGACUUAGUCCCUCGAAUGCCCGGAAUAGUUUUGAAUGAAAGUCUACAAAAAUUCGAUGAUCUUACUGGGACAUUAGAGUGGAUUUACACACAUGUUGGUGCUGAAUUGAAGCUUGAUGUUAGGUCUUCACCUUAUCUUAAAAGGGGGUUCAAUUUUAUAGGGAUUCAUAUGCUUGAGACAUACCUUCAUUUAGUAGAUGGUUUUGUGAGUAGUAGUUCAACAUUUAGGUCUAAUGCUAAAAGGGAUGUGGCACUGGUGAACAAGGCAUGUGAUAUGCUUGUAGAUGAGUUAAGAAUUCCUACUUGUUGGUACCAAUUGGCCCACAAGGGGUUAGAGUGUAAUUCUUAUGGUAGAUGGGUAAGGCCCAAAAGAGAUCCAGAAGAUAUUCCUUCACCUACUAGCAGGGAAGAAAAUACUUAUGGUUUUUGAAUCCUUAUGUAUACAUAUUCUAAUAUAUUAGAAGAAUGAGUUAAAAAUUUGGUAUCAA